AUGGAUAAGCUACAAAAAAGGUCGCGCUUGGCUUGGCACCAGGCUGUAGUCAAGAUAAGCUUACUUCAGCUUCUCCGUGACCGCUGGGUUCAUGUACUUGUCCCUGUGGGCUUUGCCUUUGGAUAUUACGUAGCCAAGAGGGAUGAUGAAAAGCUAACUGCCUUCCGGAAUAAGAGUGUGCUAUUUCAAAGGGAACUGAGGCCCAGUGAAGAAGUUACUUGGAAGUAAAGACUGGUUAAAUCAGAAUGUUCUCAUUUUAAAAGUUAUCAAAGAAAUAAAAAUGUUUAUUAUUUAAUUAGGGAAAAAAAGAUUUAAAUUCUAAGCCGGGCAUGGUGGCGCACGCCUUUAAUCCCAGCACUCAGGAGGCAGAGGGAGGUGGAUCACUGUGAGUUUGAGGCCAGCCUGGUCUAUAAAGGGGGAGUCUAGGACAACCAAGGCUACACAGAGAAACCCUGUC